UUUUUUUUCUCGUCUUACUUGACCCACGCAGGGCUAGCAGAGCUGCCAACUCGCCUCCUUACAAAAUAACAAAUUCGAAGACUCUUGACUUGCAAAACAACAUUUUUAGGCUAAAAUGUGCAUCGCAAUUUGGUCGACAAAGAACCAGCUUGGGUAUAAACUGAUUCUGGCUUUCAAUAGGGACGAAUUUCUCAAUCGACCUAGUUUGCCAGCUAAUUGGCACUCCUUUGAACAAGUCAAUCAACAAUAUCAAGCAUUUUCAUCAACGCCCCCAGCUUCACCAACCUCAUUAUCAUCACUGCCAUCACUGUCAUCUUCUUCGUCCUUAUCCUCAAUGUCCCCAACAGAGUCACUAUCCGAACCCAACAACUAUAUCGCUAGUGGCCACCAGGUCAAUCAACAAGAUAAAUUGGAGCAGAAGAGCGAUAUCAUUUCCGGAAUAGAUGUGGUGACAGGCGCUACAUGGCUCGGGAUUAGUAAAACUUCUGGAAAAUUUGCUUUCUUAACCAAUAUUGAAUCUCCUCAAACAAAUAUCGUAGAUAAUAGAGAAGAAAGUUAUAACUUGGUCAUUGGUCAGAUCGGUAAAACGGAUGAAGAAGAAAAUCAAUUCGGAUUUUUCUGUAAUCAAGAACCAGAUAUAAUAGAUGGAGUCGAUGUCUGGAACGAUAACGAUUAUGGGCGUUCCUUUAUGGGGUAUUCAGAUGUUCACGGAAUCAGUAAUGGGGUCGCACAUCAAGCACCGAUUUUACCCAAGGUUUCCCAUGGAAUUUGUUUGAUGGAAGAUUGCCUCUCGAAGCUAGCUGGCGAGAAACCUGAUCGAAUUGACCAAAAUGAAGUCGAGAUGGAGUUGUUCAACCUGCUCACGCAAGUUUCGAAUGAUUCCAAUGAAGACACAUCCUCCAACAUUUUAAUCCGACCCCAUCAUCGACUCAAAACGCCAGAUACGCCUAUCAGCUCCCAGACGUGGUGCGGAACCAAAACUCAAACAAUCUUGCUUGCCUCUCAAACCCCUAAAACAAGAAUCACUUUAGUGGAACGCGAUGCUUUUCAGAUUCAGCCAACUUCUACGCCCACCAAAGAUGUCCAACCAGUUUGGAUGGGGGAUGAUAUGUCACGUUGGAGGAGGUUUGAAUUCAAUCUGACAGCCAAUUCCUGAUCAUUACCAAUUAGCUGUUUCUUUUCCUUGAGAGUUAUUUUUUCUAAUAGGACCUACCUUGCUGUACCAAUUCCUCAACUUAUCUGCUUCUCAGCGUUGAUUAAUCUGUCUAGUUUACUUCCAUUUAUUAAAUUUUUG